UUUAAACAAAGAAGUUGGUAGUAGAAUAUCAAAUUAAAUGAGAAUUAAUUAAUACAGAAAAUGUUAUUCAUAUAUAUAUUGAUAAUAUAUAUUAUCAAUAUUCGUCACGUUUAAUUUGUUUUUUAUAAUAAAAUAUUUUAGAUUUACAGGAUAAAGUAAUUCAAAAAAAAAAAAAAAUACAGGUAUAAAAAAAUAUAUUCGCAUAUUCUUGAUAUCUUCUGCCAUUAUUGAAUUCAUGUUCAACGAUGGCGGAUGCAGCAGAACUUCCCGGCGCUUCCACUCAAAAAAUGUCGUCAAAACUUUUAAGACAAAAAGCACAGGAAUUUUUAACUUCAAGAAAACAUGCAAAUAAUUUAGUAGAUAUAAUUUCUCAAUGGGAUGAAUCCACUUUGUCUUGUCUACUUACGAUAGAAACAAUAUUUGUCGAAGUUUUGAAAAGAGGUGACAUGUAUUUGGAGCGUACAAUAUCUCUUACUAUUUCAGAGCCAAGUCCUGAAGCAAGAUAUAUCAACUGGUUGAGAAACUGUUAUGAAGAAAUAUGGGAAAAGAUACUUACCUCAAUGGAAAAAUGUCGACCUGCCAUUCAAUUACAAGCUCUUACUACUGCUAUAAAACUUAUGGCUGAGGAAGGUAAAAAUCCAUUGGAACCAAUUGGCAAUUUGGGAUAUUACUUUCCAUUGCAUCGAUUAAAGCCUAUUUUAAUGAAACUGCUUUCGCCGGAGAAGGACAAUGCUGGUUUAAUAUCUAGAUUUCAAGAAAUUAUAGAAUAUCCAGAUGCUCUUUAUUAUACGUGGAAAUGUCUUCCAUCUCUUACUCCAAAAAGACAACCACAUGAAAUUUAUAUUAAAAAUUUGCUUGAACUUAUACAUAAACUAUCACUGCCAAAGGAAAUUGAAGAAAAUGAGAUGUCUGAAAAUAAGAAUUUAUUGUGUAAACCACAUCAAGCUACUAAGAAUUUUAUAUGGGAUCAAGCUGGAGCAAGACGUGCAUUGAAUAAAGUCUGGGCUUGUGUCAUGCAUUGGGAAUUAACACCACAAUUACAUAAACAAUUAUUAAUAGUUCUUUUAGAAAGAGUUAUGCCACAUUUAGAAAAACCUGUUUUAUUAACAGAUUUUCUUAUGGAUUCCUUGGAUGCAGAUGGACCUAUUGGUUUACUUGCAUUGCAAGGUGUAUUUUUACUAGUUACCAAACAUAAUUUGGAAUAUCCAAAUAUUUUUACCAAACUUUAUUCUAUGUUUGAACCAGAAAUUUUUCAUACAAAAUAUAAAGCACGUUUAUUUUAUUUAUCUGAUCUUUUUCUCAGUUCAACACACUUACCAGAAGCAUUAGUUGCUGCCUUUGCAAAAAGACUCGCACGUUUGACUCUUGUAGCACCACCUGAAGAUAUUCUUAUUAUUUUACUUUUUGUUGGAAAUCUUUUACUUAGGCACCCUGGAUUAAAACGUCUUAUUGAUCAUCCACAAGGAGGAGAAAUUUCAUCAGAAGAAAAUAAUUAUGCAGGAGAUCCAUUUUUAAUGGAAGAACGAGAUCCUUUAUUAAGCAAUGCACUUCUUAGUAGUCUUUGGGAAAUCAAAGCUUUACAGUGGCAUAUAGUACCAAGUAUUGCUAGUGCUGCACGUUUCAUUCGCGAACCUCUCCCUUCUGUAGAAUAUGACAUGGCAUCAGCAUUAGAACGUACUGGAGGACAUUUAUUUGAUAGUGAAUUAAAAAAUAAGGUUAAAGAUAUUAUGUUAACAUUUGAAAGACCCAAUUCUAUGGCAUUACCAAAAGGUGAAAGGCUAUUGCAAUAUUGGCAAUUAACAACAAUGCACUGACUGGCGAUAUUAAAAUUAUGCAUUAUAUAUGCAUAUUGUGCAAUAUGCAUUGUUAUCAAAAAGGGAACUGUUUUUCAAUGAAAACGUAAGAAAAUGAUGCUAAACUUUUUGCGUUUUUUUAUACGUUUAAAAGGUAGUAUGAAAAUAUUGCAUACUUUUGUAUUAUUUAAAGUCUAAAAAUAAUUGCAAUGGAAUUGAUUCGGCGUACAUUAUUUCACGAACAACAUGUAGAUAUGUAUUUUUAGAUUUCCAAUCAUGCAGCUGUCUAGCACAAUAGCUACUUGUGAAUGCUAUGAAUUCUGUUAAAAAAGUCAUUUGUAUGCAUGAAUGUGUGAUAAUAAAAUGAAAGAUAUUUUAAUUUAA